UCAGGCUGACGGGAGCGCGCACUACGCACUAGUCUGGGCGAGACAUAAUCCGAAGAGGGUGUGAGAACGGGCCAUCGAGAUUCAACAGAUUUACACAUUAUUUUCACAUCUUUCAAGUCAACAUGCGUGAGAUAGUGCAUCUUCAGGCGGGCCAGUGCGGGAAUCAGAUCGGAGCGAAGUUCUGGGAGGUGAUCAGUGACGAGCACGGCAUUGACCCCACCGGCAGCUAUCAUGGAGACAGUGACCUGCAGCUGGACCGCAUCAGUGUUUACUACAACGAAGCCUCUGGGGGAAAGUAUGUCCCUCGUGCCAUCCUUGUGGAUCUCGAGCCGGGAACCAUGGACUCGGUCCGCUCCGGGCCUUUUGGACAGAUAUUCAGACCUGACAACUUUGUUUUUGGUCAGAGCGGAGCGGGUAAUAACUGGGCUAAGGGUCAUUACACGGAGGGCGCCGAACUGGUGGACUCUGUGAUGGACGUGGUUCGCAAGGAAGCUGAGAGCUGCGACUGCCUUCAGGGCUUCCAGCUCACGCACUCGCUCGGAGGAGGAACCGGCUCCGGCAUGGGAACGCUUCUCAUCAGCAAGAUCCGCGAGGAGUAUCCCGACCGCAUCAUGAACACCUUCAGCGUGGUGCCGUCUCCCAAAGUGUCGGACACGGUCGUGGAGCCCUACAACGCCACGCUGUCCGUCCACCAGCUGGUUGAGAACACAGACGAGACCUAUUGUAUCGACAACGAAGCGUUGUACGACAUCUGCUUCCGCACGCUUAAACUUACCACGCCCACGUACGGCGAUCUUAACCACCUCGUCUCGGCCACCAUGAGCGGCGUCACCACCUGUCUGAGGUUCCCCGGACAGUUGAACGCUGAUCUUCGCAAACUGGCGGUCAACAUGGUGCCAUUCCCUCGCCUGCACUUCUUCAUGCCCGGCUUCGCUCCUCUCACCAGCAGGGGGAGCCAGCAAUACCGCGCGCUCUCCGUUCCCGAGCUCACCCAGCAGAUGUUCGACGCCAAGAACAUGAUGGCAGCGUGCGACCCGCGCCACGGACGCUACCUAACCGUGGCCGUCGUUUUCCGCGGACGCAUGUCCAUGAAGGAGGUGGAUGAGCAGAUGCUGAACAUCCAGAACAAGAACAGCAGCUACUUUGUGGAGUGGAUCCCAAACAAUGUGAAGACAGCGGUUUGCGACAUCCCGCCACGCGGGCUCAAGAUGUCGGGAACCUUCAUCGGUAACAGCACUGCCAUCCAGGAGCUGUUUAAGCGCAUUUCCGAGCAGUUCACUGCCAUGUUUCGCCGCAAGGCUUUCCUGCACUGGUACACCGGCGAGGGAAUGGACGAGAUGGAGUUCACAGAGGCCGAGAGCAACAUGAACGACCUGGUGUCCGAGUAUCAGCAGUACCAAGAAGCCACUGCCGAGGAGGGAGAGUUCGAGGAGGAGGGUGAAGAAGAGGCCGCCUGAUCGCCAUCUCGUCCGCCAUCUUCUGAUUCAU